AUGGCUGCUUCUUUGCUCCCUUCCUUUCGUCGACAACAACUUGUCUUGGACUUCUCUUCGCUCAGAGGCCGUUGUCCCUCGGGCAUUUAUCUCUCCCUCACUCCAGGCAACCCCUCGCUUUGGGCCGGGGUGUUGUUUGUUCGCAAGGGCCCGUAUGCUCAAGCGAUUCUUCGAUUUCAGAUCUCCUUCCCAGACACUUAUCCGGACGUCCCUCCCCUCGUGACCUUUUCGAGUGACAUAUUUCACCCGUUGGUCGUUCCUGUGACGAGCUAUGCCUUCAGUGCCGGCGCCGGCGAUACAUCGAACACUUUGAGCGCGUCAGAGACGGAUCGUCUUCCUCCCGGGGCAUUCAGCUUGCGCUAUGGGUUUCCUCAUUGGUCUGGACCUGGGAGCUCGAGUGUCGAAGGGAACAAUGUUCGUGGUGUGACGGAGCAAGCCUGCACACCUCCUUUUCCUCAGCCUGAUCAUAUCCACAAGGAUCGAAGCAGCAUAAUUGUCAAAGUGCUGCACCACAUUCAAGAUGCGUUCCAGAAUGAAACGCUGCUGGACAAUAUGCCCCUGGAUGCUGCUGGAAAUCCGAGUGCAUGGCAUGCCUGGCGCGCCCAUCGAGGUCUAGCGAAAAAGCCAAUCCGACCGAACAGCCCGGCGGGAGAAGGGGAUCGAGUCGGACUCUCUUCACCCAAGCAUCCUGGUGACUGGAAGUGGGAUGGCGUGUGGGAGUCACGAGUCAACGACGGCAUUGAAGCGAGCGUGAGUGAAGGCGCCCUGUUUGGCAGCAACAACGGCGGGCGAACUGGGAACGGUUCGAUCGAUAUGCGGGACACGGAGCCCCAUCAGAGGAUGCUGCUCGCCGCUGAUCGACAAAUCCGCUUUUCGAAACUCGAUGAGGAGCAGUUUGAUGCUGUCAAAGAUGCCAUAGCGAUGUAUGGCUCGACAGUACCGUCCUAA